AUGCAAGCAAAAUCUGAGAUUUUAGCACUGGUCCUGGGCGCCCUGGGCUUAUGUGGGACAAUAGUCACCACUUGUCUGCCCCAUUGGAGGGUUUCUGCCUUCAUCGGUGCCAACAUCAUCAUCAUGGAGGAGCUCUUGGAGGGCUUGUGGAUGAACUGCUACCGACAGGCUAACAUCAACAUCCAGUGCAAGGUGUAUGACUCGCUGUUAAUUCUCCCACCAGAGCUGCAGGCAGCGAGGGGGCUCAUGUGUGUCUCCGUAGUCCUGGCUUUCAUCUCGUUGUUGCUCACAGGAUUCGGGAUCCAGAAGAGCAGCUGUUGUGGUGACAAUUUAAAGAGUAAGAAUAUCACCUAUGCAUUAGGAGGGAGUCUGUUUCUACUUUCCUUUUUGACCACACUCAUCCCCGUAAGCUGGGUGGCCCAUACUGUCAUCAGUAACUUCUAUAACCCGAUAACGAUGGAGGCUCAGAAGCGGGAGCUGGGAUUGUCCCUCUUCAUUGGCUGGGCCACUUCUGGUGUUUUGCUAAUCACCGGGAUCAUUGUGCUGUUUAGGUACAGCAAACGCAGUGCAAAGGAAGAUCAGCGCUACAUUGAAGCAUAUCAUAUGGUGGAAAGGAAUGAACAGAAGGCGGACAGUGUUGACUUUUCGAGAGCGAAAUCUAGUUUUCAUGCAAAUCAGGAAUAUGUGUAA